UUCUGCGUUUGCGUAAUUUUAAAAAAUUCCUCUCCAAAAUUUAGUUUCCUUUUCAGUUUCCAAUAAUAAUUCUCCAUAUUUAACACUAACUGCCAUUCUCUUUCAUCAUUUACACUGCUCCGUAUUUUUCCAUUUCCUCGUCUUUAAUGGUCACUCCUCUCUCUUCUUUGCUGAAGAUGCGAUAGAGAGAGGAACAAAGAGCCCAUAUUUCUUCUCCUUUGUAAAUCUUGCUAUCAAUGCUGGCCAAUUUAAUCGCGCAGAAAAUCAAUUACACCCAUGCUACAUUAUUGUAAGGGGAUAAGUGUUACACAUUCUCUAAAGUUAACAAAGAUCACCAUGUCUUGAGAAGAAGGCUCUCAUGGGGUAAACUUGAUAGAUAUCAUGGGUAGCUUCAGUGAGGAUGAAGGGGAAUGUCAAUUUUAUGAUGCCCCAGAGAGUAUUUCUCAAACACCGGAUUCGGGACACGCUUGUCUGGAGUCUACUUCUAAUACCUAUGAAUAUGAUUUUUGGGUUCGAAGUCCCACAAGUAUUAAAGAGCGCCGUAGGAAGUUCCUCAAAUGGAUUGACUUUCCCUUAGAUAGGGUUCCCAGUGAAAGAAAUUCCAUCUCUAAAGAUGAAUCUGCUUUGCUCGAAUUCCAGAAGGAGUGCAAGAGUGUACGCAGUUUGGCGGAGUAUUUAAUGCCAAUGAAUGGGCAAUAUGAAGAGUUUGAGAAUCAUUUAGCUGUUUCUCCCACAGUUGAGGAACAUUCUGGACAAAGAGAAAACCUGGUCAUAGAUAACAAACUUCAGACCGUACUUAAAAGAGCUAAGAGCCGUUGCUUAAAUAGACUGCGUUCAUUCACAUUAAUGAAUAGCGAAGGGAAAACCGAUAAUUUAAAACUCAGUCCUAGUAGCCAUACCCACAGGACUAGAGUUCAUAAGGUUAAGGUUCGUCACUUUAAGAAGAGAUCAAAGGAACUAUCUGGUCUUUUCAUGGGACAAGACAUUCCAGCACAUAAUGGUUCAAUCUUAACGAUGAAAUUCAGCCUUGAUGGGCAGUUUCUAGCAAGUGGCGGUGAGGAUAACAUUUUGCAAGUGUGGCAAGUGGUGGAAGAUAAGAGAUCCAAUGUGUUUGAUAUCCCAGACCUGGAUCCGUCUUGCUUAUACUUAUACAUGAACCAUCUCUCUCAAGUGACACCUUCGGCGAAAGUGAAAGGGAAAAUUCACAAGUUUAUGAGCAUUAGCAAGACAGCAGAUUCUGCUUGUGUAGUCUUACCUCCCAAGGUUUUACGAAUUCAUGAGAAACCCCUACACAAGUUCCAAGGGCACUGCGCGGAGAUUUUGGAUCUUUCGUGGUCAAAGAAUAAUCUUCUUCUUUCGUGCUCUAUCGACAAAACUGUGCGUCUGUGGAAAGUGGGAUCAGAUCAAUGCCUUAGAGUCUUCUCUCAUAGUAAUUAUGUUACAUGUGUUCAGUUCAAUCCUGUAAAUGAUGGUUACUUCAUUAGUGGUUCGAUUGAUGGGAAGACACGCAUUUGGGCUACCAAUGGUGGUCAAGUAGUUGACUGGACUGAAAUAAAAGACAUAGUCACUGCUGUUUCCUAUCAUCCAAGUGGGCAGGGUGGCAUUAUUGGAUCAUUAACAGGCUCCUGUCACUUUUUCAAUGCAACAGAAAAUCACAUUGAGUUGGAACCACAACAUUGCAUGGUUAGUAAAAAGAAGUCCGCUGACAAAAGGAUUACUGCCAUUCAGUUUGUCCCGAGAGACCCCAGCAAAGUAAUGGUCACUUGUGCAGACUCUCAAGUCAGAAUUCUCAAUGGGAUGAAUGUCAUCGGCAAGUACAAAGGGCCCAGGAAUGCUGGAAAUUUUAUCUCUGCUUCAUUCACAUCUGAUGGAAAGCAUAUUGUCACUGCCGCUGAUGAUUUUAAUGUCUAUCUAUGGAACUACGUCAGCCCUGAAGAAAGUUCUCUGUCCAAAAAAAAAGUGGUCAAGUCACAUGAGUUCUUCUCAGGUGAUGCAUCAGUUGCACUGCCUUGGUCCGGUUUGAAAUUCAGCGAUCCGCUGGAUAGUGGUUGGAAAAAAUAUGAACAGGAAGAAAACCUAUGCAGGCCAUUGCCCUUCUCUUUUUACUCUUUGGGACCAGAACCUUUUAUGGAGGGCAUUCCCAAGUUCUCUGCAACUUGGCCUGAGGAGAAGCUUCUUAUAUCAAACCGUCAUUGUAAAUUAUCCUCGCUGUCCAAAUCCCAAUACAAGUUUCUUAAGAGCUCUUACCAGAUUUCAUGUUCCAGCCAUGCCUGGAGCCUAGUUCUUGUGACUGCAGGGUGGGAUGGCCGGAUCAGGUCAUUCCAUAACUUUGGAUUGCCGGUACAACUGUAGAAGAGGAUGAACACUGCUGGAAGAUUCUAUAGAGAAUGUAAAAGUGAUGAAAUCGUAGCCAAACAUGUCUUUAGUGCUUACGUAUUCACUAACAUAGUGUGGAUUUAAAGCCCUAACUUUUGGUGUUGGCCCUGAGCGUUCCUGCCUAUGCUAAGGAGGUUGCACCGGAAAUAGAGCCAAGUUAGGCCUGGACAAUAGGUCAGUUAAUCUUUAGUUUUGUAUAGAAUAUGUAGGUUUUCUUUUUUGUAUUUGCAUAUAUAAGUAAUAAUAACACAGUUAUCCAUCAAUAGAAGUAUGAUGCAGUGUAUGAUCCCUUCGCGGGUUCAUCAAAUUUUGGUUCGCAUAACUCAUGUAACUGGUAUUUGGAGUCCAAGUAUUAGCAGGGGUGUAAAUGUAAUUCAAAAUGAUUAGUUGCAGAGUUUCAUGGAAUCAUGAAUACUGACUUGGGAUCAAGGAUAACAAUAUCGGUACUAUGAUGAUAUUGACACUCUUAACUUUGAUGAUAUUUUGACUUUCCGAAUUUGUAAAAACCUUGUCCAACC